AUGGUGACGCAGGGCUCUGACGUAGCUCUGCAGCGACCGGAUUGGAGGCGCCAGUCGGCUACGAGGGACCUCACCCGAGUCCCAGAUCCUAAGCCGGGUCUCCAUCCCUACCCCGAACCCCGAACUCCAACCCCGGGUCCCCGUCCUGGCCCCGAGGCUGUCAGCUCGGUUUUUGUUACUGUAGGGACCACCAGCUUUGACGACCUCAUUGCGUGUGUAUUGGCGCACGACAGUCUGCAAAUAAUCCAGAGCCUCGGUUACAACCGACUUGUCCUACAAAUAGGUAGAGAAAAGGUGGUACCUGAACCAUUCAGUACUGAGUCAUUCACUCUGGAUGUUUACAGGUAUAAGGAUUCACUGAAGGAAGACCUUCAGAAAGCAGAUCUUGUUAUUAGUCACGCAGGUGCAGGAAGCUGUUUGGAGACUUUGGAGAAAAGAAAGCCACUUAUAGUGGUUAUAAAUGAAAGGUUGAUUAACAAUCAUCAACUGGAAUUGGCAAAGCAGCUACACAAAGACGGGCAUCUCUUCUACUGUACCUGCAGCAUGCUUCCUGGGCUGUUACAGUCAAUGGACUUAUCAACACUGAAAUGUUUUCCUCCUGGCCAGCCAGAAAAAUUUUCUGCAUUUUUGGAUAAAGUUGUUGGAUUACAAAAGUAAACACUAAACU